UUUUUUUCCUCACCAAAACAACAACGAACAACAUCCCAUACCUGAUGCAAGUCCGGGUCUAGUAUAUCAACCCCGUCAGCAUGACUCGCCCAACACCCGCUAAUGAGGAGGAACAUCUCACAACGAAGGGUUUCAAGCAUCAACUACAAUCCCAUUGGGCUUACUACCGCCGACAGCACCUUCCUGAGUCACACCGUCCUCAGGAAAAUAACGAACAACAUCCCAAACCUGAUGCAAGUUCGGAUCUAGUAUAUCAACCUCGUCUGUAUGACUCGCCCAACGCCCGUAACCGAGCCAAUGAGGAGGGACAUCACACAACGAAGGGUUACAAGCAUCAACAACAGACUCACGAAUUCCCUCAGGUUUACCACCACCCUCACUACUCCCCUCAGGCUCACGACCCCCCUCAGCAUCAGCUCUCUCCCGUUCAUCCUUCUUCUCAGCCUGUGGUCCCUCGCGCUUAUAACCCUUCGGCGUCUAUAGAACAUACUCAUCCUAACCUGGUUUGUUCCCUUCGUGUAGGAUUCACAUAAAUACCUCCUGAUUAUUUCCAGAGUCGAGGUGAUAAUUUCCGCAAACCAGCUAAGGAAAAGAGAAAGGCGCGCGGUAAGUGUUUAGAGGAAAUUCGGAAAAAGAAAGCCAAUUCGAUAUAUCGUAAAAAUAACAAGGGCCGUAACGGAAUAAUCGAC